CAGCGAACAAGGUCAUUCCAAGCUAUCUGUAUAGCCGACAGCUGACCUCCGAGGAGCGGAUCCAUGAUGGUCGCCACCCUACUUCAUCUACUGGAUAAUCCAAUCGCCACCACUCCGGAGAGAAUCUCACGUGCUCGACACCGCCAGGCAAUUGCAAUUGGGAAUACAUCAUUCGCUUCUAUAAAUUCGUCUGGUAGGGAUGUGGAAGUGUCCACUCUAGCAACUAGCCCCCAUAGCUUUCUCCUCUUCAGUCUGUUGUGCCCUCAGUGAAUCCGGUCGAGCGAACGCGAUGAUGUUAGAUGAGAAGACCCUCGAUUCUCCGCCCGAUACCUUCCGGGACGAUCAGAAGCUACACGAGAGAAGAUUUAAAGGCAGUACUGUCAACUAUGCUAAAUAUGCUGGCGAGACCCCUGAUGGCGGGCUCAAAGCUUGGUCGGUUAUCAUGGCGUCGAUGCUGACGACGAUGUGCACCUUGGGGUACGUCAAUAGUACGUGGGGCAUCUUUCAAGAUUAUUACGAGCGGGUUCUUCUACCCAACGAAAGUCCAUCUGCUAUAGCAUGGAUAGGAUCGGUACAGAUCACAAUCAUGUUUCUUCCUGGACUUUUAACAGGUCGGCUUUUCGAUCUGGGACAUUUUAAGAUUCCAUGUUUCAUCGCUAGUUGCGGGCUUGUGGUGUGCACCUUCCUCACAGCAGAGUGCAAGCAAUAUUGGCAGUUUUUUCUCGUACAAGGCCUCUUCACGGGUUUGUUCAGUGGGAUCAUUUACAUACCAGCUCUUAGCGUCGUAUCUCAUUGGUUUUCCAAGAACAAAGGGAGGGCCCUUGGCAUCGUAUCUAUUGGCUCUUCGCUGGGGGGAGUAUUGUUCCCCAUCGCAGGACAAAACCUUAUACCCCUUGUAGGGUUCAAGUGGACUAUUCGCACGUUCGGACUCAUGAUGCUUAUUGCCCUCGGGAUUGCCAAUCUUACCAUAGAUAGACGACUACCUCCUGUGAACGUCCAGGGUGGACUCCUAAACUUAGCCGCGUUUCGAAACCCAGCGUACUCCAUCUAUUGCAUUUCUGGGGUUGCUUGCUCUCUCGGACUAUAUACUGCGUUGACUUAUUUACCUGUCAGUGCUAACGCGGUAGGCGUGUCGAGCAACUUUUCAUUCUACCUGGUCGCGAUCGCGAAUGCGGCAUCCGGGUUCGGCCGGUUGUCUGCCGGCUUGCUCGCCGAUCACAUUGGUCCUCUCAAUGUCAUGAUGCCAUUUACAGCUCUGGCCGGUAUUCUCACCUUCGCUUGGCCAUACGCUUCCAACCAAGGGGAACUAAUUGCCAUAUCGCUGACAUACGGCUUUGCUUCCGGAACAUAUGUCUCCCUCGUUGUCGCGCCACCUAUGGCAAUGGGCAAUGUGGAUGAUGUGGGGCGACGCGUGGGGAUGUAUGUGACCAUUGCAGCACUUGGUACGUUGGCAGGGACGCCAAUUUCAGGCGCGAUCAAUGCUCGGACUGGAGGUUUUAAAGAUCCAGGGUUCUACGCAGGUGGCAUCGUCAUGUUUUCGGUUCUGCUUCUCUUCGUGGUACGAUAUCUCCAUCUCGGACAGCUAUAUGGGAAGUGUUAGUGUCCUAUGAGCACUGUGCACAAAAUGGUCAUGAAAUCUUUCUGGGUGACUAUGCAGCUUUAUGUACUUGUUGUAUAUUUUUCAGAUCUUCUUGGUCUGAUAUAAGUAGCUUGGAACUGAAGUAUUUUAGGGCUGUUGCAGCUAAGGUCAGUAGGUCAUUUAGGCAUCAGAACCUCCCCCCAAGAACUGCCAGAGUGUGACAGCCUGCCACAUAUUUUGUUAUGCUGCCACAAUACCUUAUAGUACCCCAGCCUAGUCCCCAGAGAGUCCCAGUUCUACAGCAUUGUCAUAUCACAGUAUGUUAGAUUUGGCAAGUUGUAUGUAGUCUGUUCCGAAUGCAUCCACUCCGAG